CUAUUGUGAAUUUGUGAAGGAGUUAUGUAUAUCUUGCACCCUAAACUAAAUUUUCAUUUUUAGUCUAACUGCCUUUAGGAAAACAUGUCGUUGAUGGUCACUUUCAUGGUGCUUACUUAAAGGGGACACUAGUGCUGUUUUAUGGUUUCUGUGUAUGAUGAUGUUCCAUGAGAUGUCGUGGUCAAUGUUGCCGUCUUUAAGGGUCCAAAUGUGCUUACUGAGUUCGGUCGAGUUUUGUGGUUUGUUUUGUGGCGGAAAGAGGCAGUGUGAUUUCAAUGUCUAGUUUUAAAUUCAUGUUAGUAAGUCCAAGUUAUAACAACACAAGAGGAUCAGACACUAUUUUUCAGAAUGCGGCUGGAACCAUUCACAAAAUGGAUUUUUUUUGUUAUUUUCUUUAUCUUAUGUGGUACUUCUUCUCAAAUGAGCUCCUGUGGCAAGCGCAAGAUUCUCGCUGGAUCUCAGUCUCCACAGUCUCUCAUUGUAGGAGGAACAGAGGCUAGACCAAACUCUUGGCCAUGGAUAGUUAGUUUGACUCGAGGAGGCUCUAUUCAUUGUGCAGGAUCAAUUAUUGACAAAUAUUGGAUUUUGACAGCAGCUCAUUGUCUUGUACAAUCAACAAUACCUGCAAAUUUUUUCACCGGAAUUACAAUAAAUGUUGCAGAUCAUAGAACAGACACAACUAGUGUUUAUGAAUACUCUUUGACGUCAGUUGCCAUGUAUAUUCAUCCUAAAUAUUACUUAAACGGACCUGUAUAUUUUUUGGACUAUGACGUUGCUUUGAUGAAACUCCCGACUCCUUUGAACUUUACCGAGCGUGUGCUGCCUGUUUGUCUUCCUAGUCGAGAUGAUAUUUUUAACGAAAACGAUACAUGUUUUGUGAUUGGCUGGGGACGUACUGCAUCUGGCUCCACUUCUCCAUACUUACAACAGGUAAAACUUGAUAUUAUUAGUCUUCAAGAAUGCAAUAGUUUUAGCUCUUUUAACGGGAGAGUCUCACCAAGGUCAGUCUGUGGUGGUCGUAGAUCAGGUGGAGUCAGUGCAUGUAAUGGUGAUAGUGGUGGUCCCUAUCAAUGUAAACGCAACAAUACUUGGAUACAAUUAGGGAUAGUCUCUUGGGGGGCAGGAUUGUGUGAGCAAGCUAGACAUUACAGCGUGUUUAUGGAUGUCAGAAAAUUCUUGGAGCCAUUUAUUGAAACAAUUCAAAGAGGUCAGAACAUUAAUCUAACCAUGUACUACUUAAGAGCAAUUGGAGUUGUGUUUCAAAACUUAUCGGAACUAUAUUCCUCGAAUCUUUCGGUUAUUUUAACGAAUAAUGGAGAAUUUUCUGAUAUCGACAUGGUUGGAUAUUUUCGAGCACUUCCUUAUCAGAUUGAGCUUGUAAAGAAAACAACAUUAAUUGAUCUUAUUACUGUUUCCGGACAGCAAAAAUUAACUUCAAAUACGACGACAAUACAACAUAUUGCUUCUGUUUUUUUCCGGUAUAUAAGUAGCCUGUAUGCUGAUUUUAAAUGUGGAAGAUCGGGCAGACGUACUUUUACACCUGAUUCAAAUAGUACGAUUGGUGGAGCUGGUAGUUGUUCCUUUGAAAAUGGCAUUGACAAUUCCAGAUGCACAUGGAAGAAUGUUAAUUAUCCACUUGACAACUUUGAUUGGACCAUCUAUUCAGGCUCAACACUAAGUUCGAGCACUGGACCUAGCUCAGAUAGAAGAGGAUCGAUUUGUGGAAAAUACAUUUACAUUGAGACAUCAAGUCCCCGUGUGCUGGGUGAUAAAGCAUGGUUGGUUAGCAACUACUUUAAUACAACAACCAAAUGUUUUACAUUUUGGUAUCAUAUGUAUGGAUCAACAAUUGGCUCUCUUAACAUAUACCAACAAUACAUGGGAGGAAGAUUAAAGCUGUUGUGGACAUUAGUUGGCAAUAGAGGAAAUCAAUGGAACAGAGGUCAAGUUACAACCAAAUUUACCGAAGCAAAAACGAGGAUCAUCGUUGAAGGUGUUCGUGGCUCCAGAUUUAGGGGUGACAUAGCUCUAGAUGAUUUUGUUUUUCUUAGUGGUUCAUGUGAUAUCCAUCCCACCUAUGCCGAACCACGUUUUAUGGAUACUACAGCAACCAUUUCCCCAACUCCGAUGAUUUCCUACGAUACUACAGCAACCAUUUCCCCAACUCCGAUGAUUUCCUACGUUACACCUGAUUUCAAUAGUACGAUUGGGGGAACUGAUACUACAGCAACCAUUUUCUCAACUCCGAAGAUUUUCUACGUUACACCUGAUUUCAAUAGUACGAUUGGGGGAGCUGAUACUACAGCAACCAUUUCCCCAACUCCGAUGAUUUCCUAUGUUACACCUGAUUUCAAUAGUACGAUUGGGGGAACUGAUACUACAGCAACAAUUUCCCCAACUCCGAAGAUUUUCUACGUUACACCUGAUUUCAAUAGUACGAUUGGGGGAGCUGCCACACCUACCUCAACAAGCACAAGUGGUGCAAAUGUGUCGGGAAUCAACAUCUGUUCUGUUUUAUUAAUCAGUUCAAUAGGACUGUUGUGUCUCCAAACUAUCCUAAUGGCUCAGGAAGUAGGACCUGUACUUUGAAAAUACGGCAGCCCCUAAAAUUUGCAGUGAGGUUUAAUAUCUUAAUUAUUAACCUGGCCGUGUUGAAUUUAUUGAUAAUUCUUUUCCUUUUCCUUAUGUAAAUUUUGUGAAAAGUUCGCGUGAAUGCUCAAUACAACAAAAAUUUUAACACAUGCAAAAUAGAACAUAAUCUACAAAUAAGUUUUAAUGUAACCGAAAUUCUCAAAUAUUUAAAAUAAUUAUUCGUAGAAGUAACUCUAUGCUAACCAUAGUGCUCUUUGAAUGAUUAACAAUCGUCGCACAAAAUAUUAGGAAAAUUCUCCGUACCAAAAAAGAUGCAGUCAAUUCUUUUAAAACUGUAUAAUAAGUGUGUAAAGGAAAAUAAAACAUGGUUGCCAUAA